AUGGAGCAAGUCCACAGGAUUCUUGCCGAGCUCUCCGGGGAGUCUCGGGACAUUGCUCUGCGCCGCGCCCUCGAAGAGACGGCUCGGGACCACGUCAUUGGUCUCCUCAUGCACGAGGACUACGACCGCGUUACCCAGUGGUACGCCCACGAUGUUACCAUGGUGUUGGGUCUGGAUACCACUCUCGACGGGGAGAUCCUCAAGGGCCACGAUGAGGUUAUUCAGCACUUCACCAACCUCCAGGAGCAGACGGACAUCGUCGUUGUCCCCGUCCUUGUUAUCGCCGAUCGCGGCCGAAUAACGACGUAUUACAGGUGGCUGGGCAAGGACGACAAGGAAGACGGCGAAAUGUUCGUCGAGGAGCCGGUCGAAGCGCCAUUUGUGGGCUGGCCGACGGUUGUUUUCGGCGACGUUCUCAAGGUACGCGAGGUGGUCGUCUUUGAUCUCAAUGAGCAACACAUGAAGGUCAAGCGCGUGGAAUGGCGCCAGUUGGGAAUGGAGCACCUUGGAGAAGCCAGCGUCGACGCUCUUGCCUUACAGAGUGAGAAGCUCAAGGUUCGUAUUCAAGGGGAUGUAUGA